AUGGCUCCAAAUCCGUACCUUGUUUUGGGCGUUCAGGUGGGUGCUGCUCAGGAGGAUGUCAAGCGAGCCUACCGCGCGCUGGCCUUGCAAUGCCACCCAGACAAGCGCCCACCAGAGGAGAGGGAUGUGGCAGAGCAGCUUUUCAAGGACUUGCGGCAAGCCUACGACACUUUGAGGGACCCUGAGAAGCGAAGAAUAUUUGAUGCUGCAAAUGGCAGGCCCAGGAGCUGCCAGAGAUUUCCAUCAGGCCUGGCAGCAUCAAUUCUGCGGCGCCAUUCACGCAGGCCUCGAUCAGCUUGCACACCUGAUUCCGAGUGUAGCUGGAGUGCCAAAGUCGUGCACAAAGACAAAUCAGACAAAGCAGGAGGCAAAGCAGGACCAGGAGGAAGCACCUCUACUUCUACAGCACCAAUUGUAGCACCUCCGGCUUUUUCAGACCACAUUUGGUUUGCUCGGGGUUCGGCCUCAGUUGGCCGUGCGUACAAAGGACAGGAAGUAGAAGAGCUCGCAUUUGACAGGCAGAGUGCUUUGCUUGCCGCAGCUAGCUGGCUUCGCGGGAAUCCACGAGGCACUUGUCUCUUAGAAGUGCGUGGCUGCUCCCAAAGAGGAGAAGUGUCCUGGCGCCAGCAGGAGCCUUUGGCAAAAGCACGUUGUGAGAAAACAAUGAGUUUUCUAACAAAGCAGUUCAACGUACCUGCUGAUCAGUUGCGAUCAGCUGCACAGAUAAAGGAUGACUUCCAGGGUGUGGAGCUGAUCGGUAUGAGACGUCUUUGCGUGGAUGGAGGCUUCCUCAAUGAAGGCUCCUUACUGCUCGCCGAUGAGAUGACCAUUCCAGCGAUAACACGCUAUCUUUUGGCCGAUCCUGCGGACAAUCGAAUGCUGUUCUUUGAGGUCGUUUGCUCUGAAGGUUUGCAGACGCUGGCUUCAAGACGAAAGGCUGCUCUUCUGGCCGCUCUUAGUGGACCAAACCGUCUGAAGAGAAGAGUCUCAGCAAACACUCGAUGUGGGGGGAAGGAUGAGGUUAUUUUCUACACCUUUGAGUGCUGCCCCUAA